CCCCGGCACCCCCGGCACCACCGGCACCACCGGCACCCACCGGCACCCCCGGCACCCCCCGCGGGCGACAGAGACCCAGAGGGACCGGGCCCAGCGGGACGGCGGGGCGAGGCAAUCAUGGCUCUCUACAACAAUGGGGCUGACGUGCCUUCGCCCCAGGAAGCCUCCAAUGGCUUCCCCCAGCCCGGUGCCUCAGGAACGUGGCACAAGGGCGAGGAGGAGGUGAGGCUGGUGGAGCCCAGCAUGGUGAAGAAGGCUCACCGGGAAAUCCUGGACCAUGAGCGCAAGCGGCGGGUGGAGCUGAAGUGCAUGGAGCUGCAGGAGAUGAUGGAGGAGCAGGGGUACUCCGAAGAGGAGAUCCGACAGAAAGUGGGGACCUUCCGGCAAAUGCUGAUGGAGAAGGAGGGUGUGCUCACCAGGGAGGACCAGCACGGGCGCCAAAUUGUGAUAGAAAACCACCACGGGGCGGAUGGGGAGGAGUACGAGGUGGAGUACCCUGACUAUGGAGAGGGCUGCCUGCUGCAGUGCGACUGCUCGGCCGAGUGCUACCGCGAGGACAGCGGCCACCGCGAGUACAGGUUGAAAAGACGCUCGAGCAGCUCCACCUCUCCUCCACCCAAGAAGAAAAAGAAGAAGAAAUCAGGUCACCGCCGGAGCCGCAAAAAGAGGAAACCCGGCUCAGAGCGCAGCUGUGACAGCUCUUCACCCAUCCGCAAGGAAAAGAAAAAGAAGACUGGAAAGAAACACAGACGUGACAGGUCUGAAUCGGGGUCACGAAAAAAGAGAAGACACAGGUCCCGAAGCCCCAAGAACAAACGGAAAGAGAAAAACAAAGAGCGCAAGAGGUCCCGCAGCGAGUCCCCGGCCUGGCGCUCGCACCGCCGCAGCUCCUGCAGCUCCCACAGCGCCUCGCUCUCCUCCGACGACAGCGGCUCUAAAUCCCCGGGCAGGCUGAGCCCCAAGCGCCGGCAGGAUGGCCCCAAGGGCAGCAGCGCCCGCUCCAGCCGCAGCCCGUCCUCGCCCUCGCCCCAGCGCUCGGCCUCGCCGCACCAGAACGGGCACAAGGGCAGCGCCCAGAACGGCCGCCACAGCCACGGCGCCCCGCUCCCGGAGCCCUCGGAUAGGCCGGCCUCGGCGUCCUCCUCUCCGCGGGCCCACGGCAGGACGGAGCCGCCGUCCCCCCGCACCCGGGGGGGCCGACACGGCGCCCGCAGCCCCCGGUCGCCCACGCCGGAGCGGGCCAAGCACGGCCACCGGCAUCGCUCCCGCAGUGCCUCGCCGCCGUCCCGACACCGCGGCCAGAGCAAGGGGCGGCCCCCGGCCCCCCGGGAGCCGCCGCCGCCGCCGCUCAGCCCCGCCGGCUACAGCAGCGACUCGGAGGGCUCGGCCGGCUCCCACCCGCCGGCCGGCCCCGACAGGAACCACGGCGCGCACGGCAAGAAGGUGAAGGAGCGGCACCACCGGGGCCGGCCCAACAGCAGCUCGGAGUCGUCAGCCAAGCACUCCCGGCACGCCUCGGAGCGGAGGAAGAGCCCGUCCCCCAGCCCGGGCCAGCGCAGCAGCUCCUGGAGCUCCAGCGGCUCCCUCUCCAAGUCCCGCUCCCGCUCCCGGGAGAAGAGAGCAGGACGCAGCCGCUCCCGCUCGCCCUCGCCGAAAAAGCCAGCCAGCAGAGAGAAGGACAACGAGCCCCGAACACGUCAUGGGGAUCCCGAUCCCGCCCGCCCCCGGCGCCGCUCCAGGAGCUACUCCCCCAUCAGGAAGCGGAGACGCGACUCCCCCAGCUUCAUGGAGCCCAGGAGGAUCACCAGCGCCCGCAAGCGUCCCAUCCCCUACUACCGGCCCAGCCCCUCGUCCUCCAGCUCGCUGAGCACCUACUCGUACAGCCGGAGCCGCAGCCGCAGCUACGACAGCUACAGCUCCAGCCGCAGCCGCAGCCGGACUCGCAGCCCCCCCAGCCGCUCCCGCAGCCCCAGCCGCAGCCCCAGCUACAACAGCCGCAGCAGCUCGGAGAGCGCCGGCUUCUGAGCGCCCCCGGCACCCGGCCGCAGCCCCGCGACAGCCCAGCUCUGCUCCCUCCAUGCCACCCGCGCCCCCAGAAGGGACGGGACCACCGGGGAG